AUGUUCGCCCGACAAGUUUUCCGCCCAGCGAACACGCUGCGACAGCAUGUCCGCCGCUACGCAUCCGAAGCGCCCAAGAGUGGCAGCGGCAACGGGCUGCUCUACACGGGCAUUGCGGCCGCUGCCCUCGCUGGUGGAUAUCUCUACAUGAGAGGAGGCACACCAACGGGCCAGGCCGGCAGCGCCCCACCAUCUGCCGAAGGGCAGAAGAUACCCUCAGAGGCAGGAAAGCCGGCGAAGGUUUCUUUCACGGGAGGCGACCAGGGCUUCCUGUCGCUGAAGCUGGAGAAGUCGGAGAUCGUCAACCACAACGUCAAGCACCUGACUUUCGCCCUGCCUGAGGAGGACAUGGAGAGCGGAUUGCAUGUCGCAUCGGCUGUCAUCACGAAGUACAAGGGCCCUGAAAUGGAAAAGCCCGUCAUCCGACCCUACACACCCGUCAGCGACGUCGAUCAAAAGGGAACUGUCGAAUUCAUCAUCAAGAAAUACCCGAAUGGCCCCAUGUCCAACCACAUCCACGACAUGGAGCCCGGCCAACGCCUCGAGAUCAAGGGACCGAUCCCGAAGUAUCCAUGGGAGGCGAACAAGCAUGAGCACGUCGCUAUGAUUGCCGGCGGAACUGGCAUCACGCCUAUGUGGCAAGUCGCGAACGCCAUUUUCAAGAACCCGGAGGACAAGACCAAAGUGACGCUCGUCUUCGGCAACGUCACGGAGGAGGAUAUCCUGCUGAAGCGCGAGUGGGAACGCCUGGAGAACACAUACCCGCAGAGGUUUAGGGCAUUCUAUGUCCUGGAUAACCCGCCGGAGCAGUGGCAAGGCGGCAAGGGCUUCGUCACCAAGGAGCUCCUGAAGACGGUACUGCCGGAACCGAAGGAGGGCGAGAAGAUCAAGAUCUUCGUCUGCGGACCGCCCGGAAUGUACAAGGCCAUCAGCGGUGGCAAGAAGAGCCCGGCGGACCAGGGCGAGCUGGAAGGCUACCUGAAAGAACUCGGGUAUAGUAAAGACCAAGUGUACAAGUUCUAG